AUGGACGGCUCUGUGAGAGUUGAUCACGGCACGGGCUUAAUGCAGCUCGUGUGGGAGUCAAUGGAAUAUUUCUACAGUUUUCAUGCACUCAUCGUUGUCGGCCAAAGGGACAAAGAAGCCUUUUUUGCUGCUCAAAACAAAUGGACCCAAGAGUUAGACCGGUUUGAGCGCCAUUACAAGGCGUGGAACUUGGUUCAAAAGCAGCUCAAGGUGGGGAUUGAGCCCAACUGGACAGAGUAUUUCAAGACGUGCUAUGGGAUUCCCAUAAGGUACCUAAAACCCUUCUCAAACGUCGACGUAAAUCACAACAGUUCUUGCACUUGGAUGGGCCAAAAUGAGCCAUUGAAUGAAGGCUUUUGUGAGACUCCAGAAGAUUAUGAAGACCAGGAACCAUUAUUUGUUGAGAGCGACAUUUCUCAAGAGUUAUCCCUGUCAGGUAGUCAGUGUGCACUGUUGUUGCCUUUAGAUGACAUGUAUCAGCCAGUGGAGCUUAUGAGGAACGAGUUUGAGGGAACCGGGAAACCACAAAAAGUUCAAUUUAAGAGAACGCCAGCAAAAGAGAAAGAUAGAAGCCUGAUCUCAAAUUCGAACGCCAGUGCCAGCGGUCAAGUGGCUAGCAUUGACAAAAUAGAGAUCCCCAGGAAGAUGUACGGUCUCCCAGACGAAGCUCUUCGAAAAAAGACAAGAAGGAAGGGUAAAAGAAGUAGAAGGAACUAUGGAAAACAAGAAUGGGGCAACAAUUAA